CUAUUUUUGUAAAAAAGAGGUCAGGUUUGGUGAUGCAGCCCCUCCCUAAAAUGUGCAGCUUCGACUUUCUAGACCAGCAAAACCAUGAAAACUAGAUAGAUCUAUAUAUUAUAUAGAGAUUCUCCAAGGCUGAUAAUUCACAAUGAGCUCCAAUCCACUAACUACUAUCCUGAAUGCGAAAGAAGACCUGGACACUGUCUAUGAGAAGAUGUGUACUGCAAAAACAGAAUGGCGAAAUGUUGGAUUGGGUUUGAUGAUAAAUCCCAAUACUCUUGCUGCAAUUGAUAAGGAUUUUCCUCUUGAUUGUGAUAAAGCUCUUCGAAAAAUGCUCAAAGUUUGGUUUGAUACGAAAGAGCCUACCUGGGAGAAGCUGUGCAAAUGCUUACGUCAAGACACUGUGUCGAGAAAUGUUCUGGCAGCUGAAAUACAAGACUAUGUAAUAGAAGGUGUACACGAGGCACCUGCGAGGCCAACAAGAAGUAACAGUACAGAGGAUGAAAAGAUACAGGUGGACAAUGAAUUAGAGUCCAUACAGAAGGCAUUUAUAGAUUUGCAAAUUGACACAAAAGAGUCUUUAAAACGAAAUCAAACAAAGCCACAAGAUAUUGCUGUUUUUUUUGACGGUCUUUCAAGUAAAAAGGUUGUUAAAGAUCGUAAGGAGUUGCUUGAGUAUCACAGCGAUUAUGAGUCAAUAGAUGAUAUCUUUGAUGUGAUGGGGAAGUUUACGUCAUUCCUGGAUUACCAUAUCCUGGAAAGGAUCAUCACAAAGCACGGAGAACCGAAGGACAAAGAGAAUUUGGCAGAAUAUACAGAGCGACUCAAGCAUUUCCUCGAGACAUGGAAAGUAAAGCCUCUUGAAGUCAACGAGAGUGCGGAACAUCAGACAAAGUUGAAUUUCAAGCUCGACAUUAAUUCACUGAAAUGGUAUAAAGAUCUCCAAGGCGCCAUUGCAAAGUUCUUUAAGGUGAAAGUGUAUGAAGUAAUUCUGGUAGAAAUCAUGCUUGGUUGUGUUGAGCUCAUCUUUGCGCUACCAACGACAGCAGUUGAGAGGCUGCCAUCCCUCAAUCUCUCUGAAGUAGCCGAUUGGACGCCUACUGUGCUUGGUGUGACAGUGUUGGAUGGGCCAUUGAAAGAGCAAAUUAUCUAUGAGCCUGUCUCAGUGAUGUUGCUGAAAGCCUGUCGCAGUAAGACCCCAGAUAUUGACCAGGUUAGAAGCUAUCUGGAUCAAAACACAUGUGACGUUAACAUGAGAGAAGGCGAUGAGUUCAAGCGGAGUCCGUUAAUGUGGGCUCUUGAGAACAAACACUUUGAGAUUGCUAAAUUGCUCCUGAAAUACAAGCCUCAAGUUAAUAUUCAGGAUAAUGAAGAGUGUUCUCCGUUGGUGCUGGCCAGUAGAGCAGGAGACCUGGAGAUAGUGCAGGGAAUAGUGGCACUGGGAGCAGAGAUUGACCUACCCACACAUAAUGGUUGGACUCCUCUGAUGUGGGCUGCUCAAGAGGGUCAUGCAGAGGUGGCUAGAUUUCUACUGGAGAAGGGAGCAUUUGUGGAUUUGUGUGAUAUUAAUGGGUGGACUCCACUCAUGAAAGCAAGCCAGAAAGGUCACGUGGACGUGGUGAACGUAUUGCUUGACCACAACCCUAAAGUUAAUCACUUAACUUCUUCUACAACAUGGUGUGCUUUGAUGGCGGCUGCUAAGAACAAGCACACUGAGGUGGUGGACACACUUCUGAAGAGAGGAGCUGCAGUGGACAUACAGAAAAAUAAUGGAUUCACCACACUGCAAAUUGCGAGUUACUAUGAAGACAACUCUGCUGUCAUGGACACUUUGAUCAAGCAUGGAGCAAAUGUUGAUCAUGUAAACAAGGAUGGCCUGACUGCUCUAAUGCUGGCCUCCAGUAAGGGACUUAUGGAUGCAGUGCAAGCUCUGCGGAGAGGUGGAGCAGACGUGAACAAGGAACGUCUUGGAAGUGGUUGGACAGCCCUCUUUUUUGCUGCCAAAGCGGGAAAAUCUGAUGUGUUUAGAGAAUUGUUGUGUCGAGGAGCAGUAACAGAGACCUCAUUAGAUAAAGUCGAAAAUGUUGCUCGCACGUCUGGGCAUGAGAUUCUCCUAUCAGAUAUCUGUAAAUACAAGAAGGCAUCAGAAACAAAAAAGGUGUACGCAAGGGGUCAGCAAAGCGAACAAGAAGCAAGGGGAAAAGAAAGAGUUAAUCCACUCACUAUCAUCCUGAAUGCGGAGGAAGACCUGUACACUGUCUAUGAGAAAGUACUUCCUGCAAAAUCAGUUUGGAAUCAUAUUGGAUUAGGCUUGAAGUUAAAUUUCGAUACACUGAGUGCAAUUGAUGAGGAGUGUCGUGGUAAGAGCGAUAAAGCUCUUCAUAAAAUGCUCAAAGUUUGGUUUGAUACGAAAAAGCCUACCUGGGAGAAGCUGUGCAAUUGUUUACGUAAAGUGACAGUGUCAAGAAAUUGUCUGGCAGAUGAAAUACAAGACUAUGUAAUUAAACAAGCCGAAGGUGCAGGUGUACAAAACGCAUUAGCAAAGCCAAUUACAAGAAGCAAGGGGAAGAAAACGAGCGGAGCUCAACUAGUUAACACUGAGGAGGCAACACGAUCUGGUCUGAAACACAGGAGUGACCCACCUACUGGCAGCUCAAAGAAAGCAAAAGUAGUAAAGUCAGGGAAGAUUGAUGAUGAUUUAAUUCUCUUGAGCAUUGGCGACGAGCUUUAAAGACAAGUGGGUGAAUGUUGGGGUGGCAUUAGGAAUGAAAUUCAAGGACCUCAAACACGCAAUUGAAGAUAACCCCAAAAUACAGAACCACCUCAAACCGAUGGAGAUGUUUCAGAUGUGGCAAAGUACAGCUGGUGACUCCUGCACGUAUGCAACACUGGCCUCAGCACUGGAAAGGGUUGGCCUCGUUACAUGCGCACAAACAUACUGUUAUGAACAAUGAUAAUAUAGAUUGGCUAGCUUAUAUAUAUAAACAUGCACUUCAUACAUGGACGUACUAUAGUAGCUGCACUGUUUUUUUUUAUUGUACAUUUCUAGUAAUAUGAUCCUGAGAGCAUUUGCAAGUCCUUCAAA